AUGUCAGGCAGCCACCACUACGGACCCAACUGUACCAAACAAUGUGUCUCCAGACACUGUCUGGGGAACUCUUCCUGUAACUCAACAGGGGCAUGUGACAAUGGGUGUAAGACAGGAUGGACACUGACUGACUGCACAGCUUGCGAAUCCCAUCUAUAUGGUUCGGAUUGUACAAAGACUUGCGCCUCCAGACACUGUAAGGGGAAAUCUUCCUGUAACUCAACAGGGGGAUGUGACAAUGGGUGUGAGACAGGAUGGACACUGACUGAUUGCACAGUGUACAGUCUGGGUCAUCCUGGAACCGAAUGUAAAGAUGAGUGUGCUGGUAAUCACACAUGUGACCGGAGGUCAGGCAAUUGUCGCUCUGCUUGUUUGGAAGGAAGCACGGAUCACGGGUGUCAAGAGUCUGUCGGAGAUGAGGAAAAACUUAUACCUGCAGUGACAGUGACUGCAAUCGUUGUCGUAGUUGCAGCAGUUGUCGUCGGCGUCUUCAUCAGGAGGAGGAGGAGGAGACAAAGACCAUCACUGCAGGAAUCUGAUUCCCAUCACUACUACAACACAAGUCAUCCGUCGAAAGUUCAAACCAAAACAUCGAGAAACGACGGCGCAAGUGAGCUUGAUACAAUAACACAUGAUUAUCUCAACGUUGAGGUACGUGACAGCCCAUGGUGCGGAGAGACACGCUGCACUCACAACAUCAGCAAGACAGAACUGGACGAUGGUGUUUGUAUGGAAGUCCCAGAAAGAGACAUAUACGAGCCAGCUGAACCACGAAUCUCUUGACAGCACAUCCCGUGCCAUGGCUGGUGAAUAUAGUGAAUUGGGCAAGUUUGAAUAACGCUGGUGUGACAUCACACUUGACGAUAUGGGGCUCAUCCCUGCUAAGUGGAGGUAUAUAUUUGAAACAGGAUUAUAUAUUAUCUCAAAUGAUUAGCAUACAGUGUAUACAAGAUGUAACCCCAAUGUCAUGGUAUAAUGAUAUCCACGUCUACAUCAUGGAUAAAAAACUGAAAAUACGUCAAGUCUACAAGCUACUUCCACACGAGACCAGAGUAACACUGAGCUAUAACACGUCCAAUUCUGGCCACCUUGACUUACAAAUGCAAUUCGCCUGAAUCCAUAAAAUCCCAAGCACAUGUACAUUCAGUUACAUAACAAUUCGUUCGGUCAAGUGAAUGCCUCUCACCUCAAGGGAAGAUUCAUUUUGCCAAGUAUGCUCAUCAAUAUAUAAAAGUGUACAUUACAUUUUCAUACAUGUAUCAUCACCCAUAACAGCGUGCACGUGUCUACAUAUGGCCAUGUUGUAUUUACACUGGGGUUAAGCUCCAAAAUAGACUGUUUCUAAACAUAAUGUAACUGAACGUUUUAAGAUUGGCAUGCGAGGCUAUCUGGAUGACACAAGAUUGGAGAUGAACAUAUACCAGUA